GGGGAAGACGGGUUGUCACUAGUCAAGAGAUGGGAGAGAACAGGGUGCAUGCUCUAGAUGGACGGGUGGUCGGACUGGAGGAACAAACCGCACCUGAACGUCAUGGUGUCUUCCCCAGUCGGAACGGUGUUUUGGAAGUCCAUCUGCAUAGAGGGGAGGGAGAAGGAUUCGAAAGCGUACUUUAACUUGCUGGACGGGGAGAUCAAGGAGAUCGGUGCGGGGUCCAUUGUCGGUGUUGUAAUGAACAAGGCGAGGGUUUGCGCUAAAGCGGGGAAGAUGCUGGAGGCCAAGUACCCUGGUAUUUUUAGUGUGGGCUGCACAGCGCAUGCCUUGGAUCUGGCCCUGGAGGACAUGUACAAGUGCAUGGACUGGAUGAAAGCAGUCGUCGACAAAGUCAAUCAAGUUGGCAAGUUCUUCACCAACGUCGACAAGGUCCAUGUGAUGUACAACAGGAUUGCGAAUGUGCAAUUCAAGCGUCCGGCAGUCACAAGAUUCGCGACUAACUUUGAGAUGCUUCAGUCGCUGAAGACAGGGAGGAAUCCAUUGGAGCUCUGUGUCUGCAACGCGGCGUGGGUGAAGAAGUUGGUGAGAGGGGAGCAGGUGGCGGCAUUCAACGCCGUCACCCACAUCAUCAAGGACACGAACGGAUUUUGGAAGGAUGUCGAUAAGGUCAUGGUGGUGAUGGAGCCAGUUGUCAAGCUCCUUCGUUUGGUGGACGGUCCCAGAGCAACUAUGAGCAAAGUUUACUUUGGCAUGGGCGUUGUUGUGGCGAAAAUGCGCACCUUGGAGUGUCUGUCGGAGGCUGAGAAGGCGGAUGUGGAAAAGAUUUUAAUGGACCGGUGGACCUUCAUGACAUCGGAGCUGCAUUGCGCAGCCGCCUUCCUCGACCCCGAGUACAAGACGCACACCUUGCGAGACACGGAGAUUCGGGAGGGGUUCAACAUCUGGCUUUACUCUUGGGCACCGCCGGAGUUGCUGCAAAACGAUAUCAGCAGACAGGUGGACAUAUGGGUGCAUGGAUUGGGAACUUUGGGGACACAGAACGCAAGGGAUCAGGCGAGUACGAAGACUCCAGCGCUAUGGUGGAAGGCGUUCGAGGGGUCCCUGGACCUCCUCCAACCGCAAGCUAUCAAACUCCUUGGGCAGGCGAGCUCGUCGGCUACGUGCGAGCGAAACUGGAGCUUGCACCAGCUCAUUUACGGCCAACGCUGCACGAAGUUCAUGCCGGAGAGAUUGAGCAAGCUGGUGUGCAAGAAUUGAAAUAUCCAAUUGGCGAGGCGGAGAGAGCGAGGGGACGGGGAAGACAUCCACAUUCCGUGGAAGGACGACCAGCUGGCGAGAGUGGAAGUGGAUGAGUGGUACGACCAAUGGGGCGCACAGGUGCUGCAGCUGGUGUUAUUGCAGGUAGUAUUGAAGUUGCUGUUUGUGCUACAGCUGGUGCUGCUGCAGGUGAGUGUGUGUGUGUGUGUGUGUGUGUCUCCAACGAAAGUAACAAAACAGUAUAAAAAAA